CUCCUUCCGCAGCCCAGAUGAAGAGGGAAAUCAGCGCGUUGACUCAUCAACUCCGGGAAGCCCUGAACUCAAGAGAAGCCAUCGAGAAGGAAUACAUCGCAUCCGAAGCAGCGAAGAGAGCCCUUGAAGCCGCCGUUGGAAAAAGUACCAAAGUGGUGAGUGGAAAACUACCUGCCUUUUGGUCCGACAAACCAAGUGUGUGGUUCGCUCAGGCUGAGUCACAUUUCGCGACUCAAAAUAUUUUGCAAGACGCUACAAAGUAUCAUUAUGUUGUGGGUCAGCUAGAUACAGCUACUGCUUCUGAAGUAGAGGACAUUAUCACUGGUCCUAUGGGAGGCCGAACGUAUGCAAAUUUAAAAGAAAAUCUAAUUUCUCGGCUGUCCGAUUCUGAGCAAAAACGCGUGCGUAAAUUAAUUUUAGAGGAAGAAAUGGGCGAUCGCAAGCCGUCACAGUUUCUACGUCACUUGCGUUCACUUGCUGGUUCUAGCGCUGCAGUGAGCGAUGCACUGCUCUCUCAGAUUUGGUUACAACGCUUACCUUCCACUGCCUCUGCAAUUUUGUCAUCCCACGCUAAUUUGGAUUUGAACGCACUUGCAACGAUGGCGGACAAAAUUGUAGAAGUGGCCCCUCCUCCCUCUGCCGCGGUCCUCGCUAUCAAAAAUAAUCCGGCCCCAGAGGUGAACACGGUCCUGCUUGAAAAAAUGGACAAGAUGGAACGACUCAUCGCUAGUCUCAUGACGUCACCGGAUCGCCGCGACGAUAGGCAACCGCGCUCUCGUUCUCGCUCUCAUUCGGGCUCUACUACGUCGCGUUCUCGCUCUCAAAAUAAUUUCCGAAGCAACAACAGCCCAGCGCGCGAUGCUGAGUGUUGGUACCACUCGCGCUACGGUGACGACGCGCGCAAGUGCGUCGCUCCCUGCGCCUACAAGGGAAACGCCAACGGCAACCUGCCGUAGUUGGCGCGGCGG